AUGAACACUCCUCCUCAGGCUCAUGCUCCGGGCCCCCACUCCGCCCCGCCCGUGGAUCCCAACCGGGCCAUUCGCGGCGCCCACAACAAGGAGUACCCUCGCGAGGUCUGGUGGUUCGUCGCCAGCUUCAUUGCUCUGGUGUCCGUCUGCCAGCUUGUGUCCUGGGCGAUCUCGAAGCUCUCUUCGGGAUGUCCUGUGGGGAAGCAGGCGGGAGACGCUGAGACUGCGGGACGGUCUAACCCCCCUCGCCGAUUCUCGUGGCGACGUGUUCCCCUCGCGGCCGUCAAUCUAUACCGGGUCGUCGCCUUCCGGUGGACGCUGGAGAUUGGCAAGUCGUACACACUUAACCUUGCGGAGGUGUUCGUCACCAUUGCCUACAUCGUCGCGCUCUUUGUUUGGGAGUUUGUCAAUACGACGACCACAACUGGCUCCAAACUCGACAUCAGUUACUGGGGAGGCAGGGCUGGCGCGAUAGGUGCCAGCCAGCUGCCCUUGGUCACCGCCCUUGGCACCAAGAAUAAUCCUAUUGCAUAUAUCACCGGUAUCAGCUACGACAAGCUGAACUACAUCCAUCGUAUGACGGCGCGCGUCGUCUUCGUCCUAUUCUGGGUACAUGGUGGCGCGAAGAUCUCAUACCUCAUGCCUGCAGCAUACGACGAGUGGUUCAUCCGCAUCGGCUUGGCUGCCUUGAUUGCACUGACGGUCCUCAUCCUCGUCUCCCUGCGCCCCAUCCGCGCACAAGUGUACGAGAUAUUCUACUUCACGCACUUCCUCAUGGUCCUCAUCUUCCUCCUCGGCGGGUACUUCCACGCCAGCUUCGUGCACAUCGGCGUCUACAUCUGGCCGUGCUUCCUCAUCUGGGGGCUCGACCGCGCCAUCCGCCUCGCGCGCCUCGUCUUCUACAACCACCUCUACUUCGGGUUCACGAAGACGUCGAACCGGCUCGACGCGUCCGUUGAGCUGCUCUCGCCGCACUUUGUGCGCCUGCACCUGCAGCGGCCACCGCACUUCCGCUGGACCCCAGGGCAGACUGCGUUCCUCACGAUGCCUGGGGUGUCGGGGUUCCCGCUCGAGGCGCACCCGUUCACGAUCGCGAGCGUCGAUGCGCGGUACCAGCUGAACGGGGUGAGCUCGCCGACCGUUGGGCCCGGGGACGCAGAGAAGGCGGGGCCGCCGUCGGGCGCGGACGCGACGCCGUACUGGAAGGAGCUCGUCUUCCUGGUCAACGUGCGCGAGGGCUUCACGCGGCGCCUGGCAGAGAUCGCGCAGACGGGCGGGAAGGUGAAGGUGUUGGUCGAUGGGCCGUACGGGUUCUCGCCUAACUUGGACCAUGAUGACACAGUCGUGCUCAUUGCUGGUGGCUCGGGCGUAUCGUUUACGCUGUCGACAUUCCUCGGCGUGCUGAGCCAUGUCCAGAACGGGAAGAGCCGGUGCAGGAAGCUCGUCUUCAUCUGGUCUAUCCGCGACGCCAGCCACAUCGACUGGGUCUCGAAGGCGCUCACCGAAGCGCUCGAGCUCGCGCCGCAAGGGCUCGAUAUCUCCAUCCGGCUAUUUGUCACGUCCGGGAGCGCCCCUGGGCUUGUGCCCGCGGACUCGUGGAACGAGGACGACUCGAUCCACUCUUCUGUUGAGGGGACUGCGAUUGGAAAAAGCAGGCCGUCGUCGCUUCUCAACUUCUCCGCGGUGCAGGUCUCGCAGGGCCGUCCGGACCUCCCGGCGCUGCUCCGGGCGGAGGUCGAUGUGAAUGUUGGCCGUCUGUCUGUCACAGUGUGCGGUUCUCAGGGUGUCGCGCGGGCAUGUCGCUCUGCGCUCCGCAUCCCGGUUUCUACUGUCGUUGAGGGCGGGCCGAGUGUUGUGCUUCACGUCGAGUCUUUUGGUUAUGCUUAGACUGUCAUGGUGGAUAGAUUUUCCGACUUCUAGACCUUGUAUCAUUAGCUUUUUUGUUUUGGCUUGGGACUGUUGUACUUCACGAUCACUACGCUAGUAUAUCG